AUGAGCCUCGAUUCAGCCUUUGAUAUUCAGUGUACUUUGGUGUGCUGUUUAUUAUUUGUUGCUUUCGAGGGUAUCAAUGGCCGAUAUGCCGAGUCCAUUCGACACAUCCGAGCUGGAGUUCGAUUACUCUCUUCACCUGCUUUGAUCGAUGCCUCAAGAGAGGAGAAGAGUGUGAUGAAGCUUACAGAAAUGUUCUCUAACCUCGGAGUUGAAGCAUCGAUGUUUAUGGAAGAUACCAUCAUCCCUGACAUCCGGUCAGGUAGUCUUGAUGUUCUCUACGGCACAGAUAUCUCCGACCAGCCAUUCCGGGACCUCGACGAAGCUGCAGGAGCCUUGCGGAAGUUGGACGUCAAGGCAGUCGACAUCAUGGAUCAAGAACCUUGUCCAGAAGACAUAACCCACGGAAGCAGUUGUUCCCGCGACAGCAUGGAGCCAUGGGAGAAGGAAUACUUCGACUCCAUGUGGGAUGAUUUAGACACCAAGUUCGAAGAGUGGAACUCACGGUUCGAGUUGACGAAGAGACACAUCGCCACCUGGGAUUACCAAGACCUACACUCCCCCCAACUCAUCUACCUCACACUACAGCAGAAAUUCUGGCGAAUGUGCAUGACAUGGGAAAGGGAAGAAUGGGCCGAACCCGUCCCUGCAGCCGUGAAACAGUUCCUCGACGCCGCCGACAUCUUCGCCCAAAUAGUCCUCGUCCCCGGCCAAACCAGCUUCUCCCUCGACGGCGACAUGAUUUCCAGUCUCUCCAUGGUCGUGUGGACGUGCUCAGAUCCCAUCCUCCGCCACCGCGCGCUAGAUCUAUUACGUUCGCUGAAUAGACGUGAGGGAGUCUGGGACAGUCGGGAGAUAGUGGAAAUGCACGAGGCGACGCUUGCGCUGGAGGAUCCUACAUCCUGGUAUAGGAAGGAAAUACCAGGUGGAGUUCCGGGGUAUGUAGCUGAGUUGGUCAAGUACUCGAAGAGGGCGAGUUUAUAUAGAUCAGGGCUGUUGGCAUCGGAUUUUGUGCGUAUAACGAGUUAA